UAUAGUGAGUGACAACAGGGGGGGAUAUUUAGUGUUUAAGGAAGAGCCUCGGUACAUGAUGGUGCCGGAACCUGCAGAACCAGAACCCCCUCUAAACCUGGUGCUGUGCGGCAGACAUAGAGCCUGGAAGACUUCGGUAGCCGAUGCCAUUCUGGGACAAAGAAAGUCUGGUCCGCCAGCUGACUCAGACUGUGGUAAACAACAGGGAGAGGUUUGUGGACGUCGGGUUUCCGUGGUGAAGCUACCUGACUUACACGGAAAACCCAAAUGGAGAGCAAAGCAGGAAUCCAGGAAGUGUGUCUCUCUUUGUGAACCUGAGGGCGUCCAUGCCUUCAUGCUGGUCCUACCUUUGGAUUCUCUUACAGAUGAAGACAAGACAGAGCUGGAGACAAUCCAGAACACUUUCACGCCUAGAGUCAAUGAUUUCACCAUCAUUCUUUUGACUGUGGAGGUAAAUCCUGACUUUCCAGCGUUUUUGAAUUCUGUAAAGGAAGACCGAGACAUUCAAGGGUUCUUACAGAGCCUUUGUGAACGGCACGUUGUCUUCAAUGUCAAGGACAAGCGACAGGUCUCUGAGGUGCUGAAUGCUGUGGAAGCAAUGAGUGCUGAGGGAUCCAGAGGCUUCACAGGAGACACGUCUUCCAAACUUCCAGCCAAGCGACUUACAAAACACGCAUCAAUUGCGCCGUUUGACAUUCGUCAACGUCAGAGCGUACUGUAUAAGACGAGGGUGUCGAACAAAGAGCCUCUCAGGGUGGUGCUGAUCGGGAAGACUGGCAGUGGGAAGAGCGCCACGGCAAACACGAUUUUGGGCGAGGAAUGUUUUAUAUCUAAAGUAUGUGCAAAGUCAGUGACUACAGAGUGCCAGAAAAAAACAGCAGAGAUCGACGGGCAUCUCGUCACUGUGGUCGACACGCCCGGUUUGUUCGACACCACUCUGUCCAACUAUAAGAUUAAAGAGGAGCUGGUGAAAUGCGUCAGCAUGCUGGCUCCUGGACCUCAUGCUUUCUUACUGGUGCUGCAGAUCGGUCGCUUCACAAAGGAGGAAGAAGCUACCGUGGAGCUCAUCAAGGAGUUUUUUGGUGAGCAGUCGAAAGACUUCAUCAUGCUAAUAUUCACCAGAGGAGAUGAACUCAGAAAUCAAACAAUCGAGAGUUACCUAAAAGACGGCAGGGGUGAGCUCAUGGAGAAACUGAUGGCAGAAUGCAGAGGACGAUAUCAUGUCUUCAAUAACAACGAUAGAAGCAAUCGCACUCAAGUCACUGAGCUGCUAAAGAAGGUGGAGUCAAUGGUGAAGCAGAACAGCGGUGCCUACUACACCUCAGAGAUGUUCCAGGAGGCCGAGGCUGCCAUAGAAAAGGAAAUGCAGAGGAGGAUGACGGAAACGGAAAGACAGAUCCAGACAGAGCAAAACUACCUUCAAAGAAAACAUGACAAAGAAAUGCAACUGAGGGAGAAAAGAGUGACUGACCUAAAAGCCAAGUAUGAAAAUGAAAUUGCACAGAGAGCCCAGCAAGUGACAGAAAAGGAGGAGAACAUUAAAAAGACGCAGGAGAGGAUCCAGAGGGAAAGAGAAGAGAGAGAAGAAGAAGAAAAGAAAAAGAAAAUUCAGGAGGACGUCCAACUACGGCAGUGGAAUCAAAAAGAGGAUUCUUUGAAGAAACAAAUAGCGUUGGCUUCAGAGAAAAGAGCAGACAGGACGCUCUUAAUGAAGAGCAGAGAAAAGAUGAGGAAAGAACGAGAGGACAGGGAGCGGGAACAACGGGAAUGGUGGGAGAGACGCUACUACGAGGACGAACGGAGACGAGAGGAGGCGGAGAGACAACUCGCCAAGCUCCGAGAAGAAUACGAGAGGGAGAUCAACGAAAUCAGAAGAAGAGAAGAGGAUCGAAUGAGAAGAGAAGAAGAGGAAAGAGAGUUGAAACAAUUACAAGAAAAACAUAGGAGGGAAAUGGAGGAAAUAAGGUGGAAAAACGAAGAAAACGCCAGAAAGCACGCUGAGGAGUGCAGUGAAUUCAAACACAGAUACACUCUGGAUGUUUCAGCCGAGAGGGAAAAGCAUCUGCGGGAAAUAGACGAGAUGAAGCAGAAGCAGCAGCUACAGAAUGACUUCUUACUACUGCAGCUGAGAAAAAAGAAAAUGUACCGGAGAGACUUUGACAAUCUGCAGAAGAAGCAGGAAGAGCACAUGUACGCGCUGAAGCAGGCGCUCUUCUUCCACAGCAAAGAGGAUCAGGAACAGCAAAUCAAAGAGCUGAAGAAAAUCCAUCAGCAGGAGAGAAACGACUGGAUCCAGGAGCAAGUAGAGAAAGCCGCACAGGACAAGAAGUGCAGCAUUUCAUGAGAGGUUCAGUUUUUAUAGCAGCAGCACAGUUUCAGCUGUGAGGAGCUGGGUCAUUUUGUGUUGAUCUCAGUGAAUUUAUGUCAAGUUAAUGUGUUUAACCGAGGUGUGACAUGCAAAUAAAGAACGUAAAAAUUGUUGAAAAAGACAAGAAAAACAGAGAAAUUUAAAAACUGAAAUGUACGGUCACACAUUGUUAGAGGAAAUUACUAUUUGUAAAAAUACAGACUGGAGAUGUGGGCAAUACAUUUACAGUUUUAUCCUGAGUUUUUACAGUAAAUAAUGAUAUUUUUGUGUGUUUAAACAGAGAAAACUAUAGCUUUAUGCUCAAAUGUUGUAAAAACAAAAAAUUACUAUUCUACACACACAUUUUAGAGAUGUUGGACAUUGUUUACAGUUUUAUCCUGAGUUUUUACAGUAAGAAUGAUAUUUUUGUGUGUAUAAUAUACAAAAACUAUAAUUUUAUGCUCAAAUGUAAAAACAAAAACAAAUUACUAUUGUACACACAUUUUAGAGAUGUUGGACAUUGUUUACAGUUUUAUCCUGAGUUUUUACAGUAAAUAAUAUUUUUGUGUGUUUAAACAAUGAAAACUGUAAUUUUAUGCUCAAAUAUUGUGAAAGAAAAAAUGUAGAUAUAGAAUGUGGACAUUAUUGACAGUCAUGUUUGGCCUGGGUUUUUUUUUUUUUUUACAAUUUUACAUAUAAAUGAAUAAUUUUUUUCUGUGAAUUCAUGAGACACUUAUUCAACAAAACUGGAAAAAUGUGUAAA